AUACAUUUUAUCCGCUCCCCUGUUGGAUGGAUGUGAUGCUGGCCUUAUUUCACAAACCAGCCUAAAGGAGAAUCUUCAGACAGUUAUGAUUAUGCAACACCUUCUCACUAUUGCAAUCAUCCACCUUCCUAUCCUAGUACCAACCAGGACACAAUGGACUUUGCCAAGUUCUUUGCAACGUGUGAGCUAGUCACUAAAGGACACUAUCAAAUACUUAGACCUUUCACUGUAGUGAGGAGAUAGAACUCCUAAUCAAAUAUCUUUGAACAAAGUCUGCAGAGCACACCAAAAGGAUCAGGGUGAUCAACAUAAACCACCCAGAGAUCUGGCACAGACUUAAUGAGUGGAGUGGCUCAGCAGAGAAAAUGCACUUUUUAUAAGAAUCAAUGACAUUCCUAAAAUAUCUCAUAAAGGUUACCAACAACUUAGGGAAAUAAGUGACCUGUUAAUGGUACUACAAAUAGCCAAAGCAGAAGGGGACCUACCAGGUCUUGCAUUCCUUGAGAUAGCCAGAGGUGUUAACUCAUCAUGCAAAAGCUGCCUUACAACUUUAAAGAGCGGUGGAUGACACGGGUCUAAUUCAAAGAGGUACAUAAUGUCCUAUUUCCUCCCUUCGACGUGAUUAUGGAUCUUGUAUACCAACAAGCCAAGAUAAGGAAUGGCCCCAGUUUUGAUCUCACUUGGCCACAUGCAACCCCUUCAGUACCUAAUACUCGCAAAGUAGCAGUAACCAUACACAAAACUAAUGCUUCCUCUUUAGAUUCUUUUCACAGAUCUGCAGAACCUUCUCAUGAAAAGACAAAGAACAAAGACUCUGGAAAGAAGUGUCCCCUAUGCGGAAAGGCUCAUCCUCUUCUGAAAUGCAGUGCCUUCAGAGAAAAGUCCAUAGAGGCCUGCAAAGCAUUCCUAAAGGAAAACAUCUGCUACAAGUGCUGUUCAUCGACAUCUCACCUUGCCAAGGACUGUAAGGUCUGUGUAAAAUGCACAGAAUGUGACCGUACACAGCACAGCACACCCUGGGUUACUUGCGUGGGUUUUGCCUCACACCAAGAACGCCAGCAAGCAUGGAGAGGAGGAAAGGGACACUGCUACAGCUACAUCAAAGGACUUCCACCUAGAGCCAAAGGGAAGGAAAAUGCUGCACUUCAUAGGCCACUCCUGCAAAUACUCAUCCUACAGGUUCCAGGGACACUUACCUCUCUACUUACAGACAUCCACAUACCUGCUUCUCCCUCCACUGAAUAAAGAUAUUGGUAGCAGCUGCCUCCUUUCCUUAUGCAAAAUAGGCAGUUUAUUUACUAACUGGGUCACAUGUAUUGGUACCGCACCGGCAGAGGCGCUUCACCAAUGAGGCAACUUGAGACUGUGGCCUCAGGCGGCUGCACCCCACUAGGUACCAGGGGAGGCAAAAAUGCUGCUCCUGGUACUUUAAGAGCCAAAUUUUCAAACCGGA